AUGAGUGUCACAUUGGGAAGCGGGUGGAUGCCUAAUUGUAUGCUUCCUACUUUGCCGAUUCAUUUACACUUUUGCCUUCCCUUUUCUUUCUUUCUUUCUUUCUUUUCCUUUCUUUCUUUCUUUCAACCUUUUACAUUAUUCCUUUCUUUCACUAUAUUUUUCUUAUUUUGCCUCUUUCUUUCUUUCUUUUUCUUUCUUUCUUUUCCUUUCUUUCUUUCUUUCAACCUUUUACAUUAUUCCUUUCUUUCACUAUAUUUUUCUUAUUUUGCCUCUUUCUUUCUUUCUUUUUCUUUCUUUCUUUUACUUUCUUUCUUUCUUUCUUUUUUUUCCUUUUUUCUUUCUUUUCAACCUUUUUUUUCAUUAUUCCUUUCUUUUUCACUAUAUUUUUCUUAUUUUGUCUCUUUUGUUUUCUUUUCUUUCUUUUUUUUCUUUCUUUCUUUUCCUUUCUUUCUUUCUUUCACUAUAUUUUUUCUUAUUUUGCCUCUUUUUUCUUUCUUUUACAUUAUUCCUUUCUUUCACUAUAUUUUUUCUUAUUUUUCCUUUUCUUUCUUUCUUUCUUUUCUUUUUUUUCUUUCUUUUCCUUUUCCUUUCUUUCUUUCAACCUUUUUACAUUAUUCCUUUCUUUCACUAUAUUUUUUUAUUAUUUUUCCUCUUUCUUUCUUUUUCUUUCUUUUCUUUCUUUCUUUCCUUUCUUUUACAUUAUUCCUUUCUUUCAACCUUUUCUUUCAUUAUUCCUUUCUUUCACUAUAUUUUUUCUUUAUUUUGCCUCUUUCUUUCUUUUCUUUCUUUUUUGUCUUUUUUUCUUUUCUUUCUUUUCCUUUCUUUCUUUCUUUCAACCUUUUACAUUAUUCCUUUCUUUCACUAUAUUUUUCUUAUUUUGUCUCUUUCUUUCUUUCUUUCUUUUUCUUUCUUUCUUUUCCUUUCUUUCUUUCUUUCAACCUUUUUAUUUUCCUUUAUUUUUCUUAUUUUGUCUUUUCUUUCUUUCUUUUUUACUUUUCCUUUUCCUUUCUUUCACUAUAUUUUUUCUUUUGUUUUUUUUUUUCUUAUUUUUCUCUUUCUUUCUUUCUUUUUUUUCUUUCUUUUCCUUUCUUUCUUUCUUUCAACCUUUUACAUUAUUCCUUUCUUUUCACUUUUUUUUCUUAUUUUUCUUUCUUUCUUUUCUUUCUUUUUUUUUUUUUUUCUUUUCUUUCUUUUUUCUUUUCUUUCUUUCUUUUCAACCUUUUUUACAUUAUUCCUUUCUUUCACUAUAUUUUUCUUAUUUUGUCUCUCUUUUUUCUUUCUUUUUUUUCCCUUUCUUUCUUUUUCUUUCUUUCUUUUUUUUCUUUUUUUUUCUUUUUCUUUCUUUCUUUUCUUUCUUUUCUUUCUUUUUUCUUUCUUUCUUUCAACCUUUUACAUUAUUCCUUUCUUUCACUAUAUUUUUCUUAUUUUCCCUUUUCUUUCUUUCUUUCUUUCUUUUUUUCUUUUCUUUUUUUCUUUCUUUCUUUCUUUUUCCUUUCUUUCUUUCUUUCAACCUUUUUACAUUAUUCCUUUCUUUCACUAUAUUUUUCUUUUUUGCCUUUUUUUUUUUUUUCUCUCUUUUCUUUCUUUUUUUACAUUUUCUUUUCUUUUUUCUUUUCUUUUUUUUCCUUUUCUUUCUUUCUUUCUUUCAACCUUUUACAUUAUUCCUUUCUUUUCACUAUAUUUUUUCUUAUUUUGUCUCCCUUUCUUUCUUUUCUUUCUUUCUUUCUUUCUUUUCUUUCUUUCUUUUCCUUUCUUUCUUUUCUUUCAACCUUUUUCUUUUCCUUUCUUUCACCUUUUUUCUUAUUUUUUUCUUUCACUUAUUUUUAUUUUGCCUCUUUCUUUUUUUUCUUUUUUUUCUUUCUUUUCUUUUCUUUCUUUUCCUUUCUUUCUUUUUUUCAACCUUUUACAUUUUUCCUUUCUUUCACUUAUUUUUCUUUUUUGCCUCUUUCUUUCUUUCUUUCUUUCUUUCUUUUUUCAACUUUCUUUUUUUUUUUGUUUUUCUUUCUUUCUUUUCAACCUUUUACAUUAUUCCUUUCUUUCACUAUAUUUUUUUCUUAUUUUUUCCUCUUUUCUUUUUUUCUUUCUUUCUUUUCUUUUCUUUUUUCUUUUCCUUUCUUUCUUUCUUUCAACCUUUUUCAUUAUUCCUUUCUUUCUUUCACUAUAUUUUCUUUUCUUUCUUUCUUUUAUUUUGUCUUUCUUUCUUUUACUUUUCUUUCUUUCUUUUUUUUUUUAUUUUGUCUUUUUUACUUUUCUUUCUUUUCCCUUUCUUUUCUUUCUUUCUUUCUUUCUUUUUCUUUCUUUUUUUCUUUCUUUCUUUCUUUCUUAUUCCUUUCUUUCACUAUAUUUUUUUACUUAUUUUUUCUCUUUUCUUUUUUUCUUUUUUGCCUUUUUCUUUUCUUUUCCUUUUCUUUCUUUCUUUUUUUUCAACCUUUUACAUUAUUCCUUUCUUUCACUAUAUUUUUUCUUAUUUUGCCUCUUUUUUCUUUCUUUCUUUUUCUUU